UAAAAGGGGGCACAUGGCUGGGCACUAUAAAAGGGGGCACAUAAUAAUUGAAUGCAGUGACAUUAAUUUAUGAUAAUAAAGAGUGGACACAUAGACCUACAGAUACAACCGGCCCUUUGAUGGGGACCAAACUGCUGAUGCGGCCCCCGAUGAAUUUGAGUUUGACACCCCUGUAUUAGAGUGUUGUGUUGUGUACUGUGCUGCUGCUGUGUGUCACUGUAGAGCCCUGCUGUGCAUUACUCGGAUUGCUCUGCUGCUGUGUGUGCUCUGAGUGCAGUGGGGACGUGUGUCACACACUAGGCAGUGCUGCUGCUGCUGUGUGUGCUCUGAGUGCAGUGGGGACGUGUGUCACACACUAGGCAGUGCUGCUGCUGCUGUGUGUGUGCUCUGAGUGCAGUGGGGACGUGUGUCACACACUAGGCAUUGCUGCAGCUGUGUGUGCUCUGAGUGCAGUGUGGACACGUGUCACACACCAGGCAGUGCUGCUGUGUGUGCUCUGAGGGCAGCAGGGACGUGUGUGACACACUAGGCAGUGCUGCUGCUCUGUGUGCUCUGAGUGCAGUGGGGACACGUGUCACACACCAGGCAGUGCUGCUGCUGUCUCUCUCUGCGUGCUGUACAGAGCGCAGCGCCUUGUGCAUUAGUGCGCCUCUGUCCAUGGUGCUGAACGCAGCCGAGCUCAGGAUCCCAGUAUUUCCUGCUGCACCGGAGUCCUGACCGCAUCCACUGGCACUGCCCAGGGUGCCCGCACUGCCAGGUGUUGAUCUCUUUGGGUGCUGAGGAGAGUCACCAUUCUGCUGGAGGCUGCUGGGCACUGUUCUGUCCCUGUGCUGAUGGUUCCUGGGCGCCCAUCUGUGUAAGAGGCUCUUGCAAUUCUGCAGCCUGGAAAGCGAUGUCUAUACAGAAUAUUUAUUAAAAAAAAAGUUAUGCCUCUGCCUUCUCGCCUGUCCCUCUGCAUGGUGCACGGUUCUGUCUGUAGGCGGCUACUGGAGCAGGAUUCUGCCAUGGAGCUGAAGGUGCAUCAGUCUGGGUAUCAGCCCAGUGCCAUGCCAUUGCUGCUAUUGCAAUCUUAACGCACAUACUCCAGCCACCUCCUCAGCUGCAAGUGACAGAGGGGGGAACGCAUCCUGCAGGGAUAUAUCCUAUCCAGGACUCCUGAUCUGCAAUAUGAGGACAUCAUGAGGCUCACAUGUGGAUUUAUCGCAUCGUCUCUGUGCUUUGGGGGAAUCAUGUUAUGUCAGUGAGCCCAGCUGAGGCUGCUCAGGGAUUCCCUGUGACUGCUCUUCCGUCCUACAGAGAUUUGUGCUGUGUACCAUGGCAGGGAGACUGGACGUGCCCUGCACAUUCUCCCGCUGAAGGAAAGGGUCUACCGGCAUCAAGGAUGGGCUAACCAAGCACAGGCUCCUAACCUCUGCUGAAAAGUUGUCCAGCUACUGUCAUCCUCGGAGGAUUAACCCUUACUAGACCUCAUGGCAGCAGCUGGAUCCAGUUCCUAGAGGAGUGGCUCACACUAAGCCAGACAUUGGGGGAUGGCUCUACAUAUUUCUGUAGCCUCCAUGAUUCUCUUGGCAAUCAUGGCUUCAGCAUCAUCUGCGUCCAUCAACCAAGUAGACUAUCCUGCAGAUGAAGGAGAACAGGCUUCCAGCAAUGACAACUUAAUCUUUGAUGACUACAGGGGCAAGGGCUGCGUGGACGACAGUGGUUUUGUGUAUAAACUGGGGGAGAGGUUUUUCCCGGGUCACUCUAACUGUCCUUGCGUUUGCACGGAGGAUGGACCUGUGUGUGAUCAGCCGGAGUGCCCCAAAAUCCAUCCCAAAUGCACUAAAGUGGAACACAAUGGAUGUUGCCCGGAGUGUAAAGAAGUGAAAAACUUUUGUGAAUAUCAUGGAAAGAGCUACAAAAUCCUGGAGGAGUUUAAGCCUUCUCCGUGUGAAUGGUGCCGGUGUGAACCCAGCAAUGAAGUCCAUUGUGUUGUAGCAGAUUGCGCUGUACCAGAGUGUGUGAACCCUGUAUAUGAACCUGAGCAGUGCUGCCCGGUCUGCAAGAACGGUCCCAACUGCUUUGCGGGCACAACCAUCAUCCCAGCAGGGAUUGAAGUCAAAGUGGACGACUGUAACAUUUGCCACUGCCACAACGGAGACUGGUGGAAACCAGCACAGUGCUCAAAGAGAGAGUGCCACGGGAAGCAAGCGCUAUAGGCGGACUGUGCCUAAACCAGACGGGCGAAAGACUGACUCUACAUCCAAAUCAGUGGACUAAAUAAGCCCAUAUAUCGGAAAAGAUACCAAACCUGGGAUACCGGCGAUAAAACAGGAACACAGUAAUUUCCAUAGGUACAAGUGUUGCAUUGUGCUGCUAUUGCUGGAUGGGGCUGAGGUCAUGGACUCAGCCAGGAACUUCACCCACCGGGUUCUGCAUCACGUAAUGUCUUACUCUGGGGACGGCUUCAAGUUUCUGACAAGGUUUAACCAAACAGAACGCUGAGACUUUCUAGUGUGACACUGUGAGGAAGCAUUGGUUCCAUCUCAUCAAUUCCCAACCAGUUCACCUGACAACCUGCUUUAUUUUACAGUCUCCUUUUAUUUUCUGCUAUGUUUUCAUAUCCUUGAAUUAAUUGUGUGCUCUAAUGAAAUUCACAGAACUGGAUUACUUUGCAUACCUACAAUUUCGGCUCUUUGACAGACGUCCAGGUGAAAGGCCAUAUGCAGAAGGAAACAAAUAUAUUCAGUGCCAUAAAAAAAAAAGAGGAAUGAGAGAUCAGGCAAAAACCAUACAGUAAUAUCAACCAAUAUGUAUUCACUCCAGACGCGUUGUCCGUAGGCUAAAGGGAGAGGAGCUAUAUUUUUUUGCUUUAUUAUAGUAGAUGACAUUUAAAGUUGUGUUAGGCAGGCUUAUCUCGCUCAUCUACCAUCUGUUGCACUUUGGUGCAGAGGGAAAGUAGAGACUGUGCACACUGUGCAUCAGCAACACUGGAUACACCCAUGUGACUAACCCUUCACGCUUUAAGAGCCAAAGAGAUUCUUGAGUAACAUCACCACUAAAGCACGCAUAUGUAAGUAACUGAGGCUGGGUACACACCUUACCAAGAUGUCAGCGGACCCGCCGUCUUGCUGACUGAGCAGCCGCUCCAGGUAAGUAUGCACACUUACCGAUCGGCUGCCCAGCGGGUCGGCCAGGACUCCCAGCUGGGUGGGCAUUUGAAUUUGCCCAACCAACUGUGACGUCAGCCCUGCUUAGCAAGUGUACAUGCACACAGCCAUAUAGUCUGAUAUAUAUGAAGAUAUAGCAGCAAUGAGCGGUGCUGCACACACACCAAUGGGCUCGCAAUAUAUUGGACGCUUUGAUAGAUCGCCCUUUAUAUUGCCUAGUGUGUACUCAGCUUAAGGGUCUGAUUCCGAGGUGUCUGGAGAAGCACAGCUGCUGCAUUUUUGUACGCAGCAGCUGUGCUACAGUAUGCUAAUGCCGCAGGAGGCGUCUUGUAUAAAUAGACGCUUCCUGACAGCUUCUCUGAUCCUUUGCUACAUCCGAGGGGGCACAACAUUGGAUAACUAUACAUGACCAUCGGUUAUCUCAGUAACCUCAGGUUACUUAGGAUGGAGUUUUCAUGCAGCUGGGGCCAGUGAAGCUGCAUCCAAGACCUCGGCGUGCCCAGAAAACGGGGCCAACCUGCCCCCGUCGCAGCCCCUUCCCCAAAUGGUUGCAGCAUGUCAAUCAUGCUGCAGCUUGGAAGCCCUGCGACCAAUAUUGCAGACACAGAUUUGCACAAGUGCUGUACAGAGCCAACGCAUGCGCAACUCUCAAAACAUCAGGGUUGCAUACAUCUCAGACUCUGGCCCUUAGACAUAAAACAGGCUUUGAGGCUAAGCCGACCUCAAGUAAAUGUAUCCAAUGUUAUUUUUGUUGCGGUGUGUUCUUAUACAUGGAACGCGGCAUGUCAUUGCGUAGCUUUGGCUCACUGGGCUGGGACCGUGGCUUAUCAAUGAAAAGCCGCUUUCAAUGCAUAGAACACAAAACUUCUCCCUGGCUACAUUGAUAGUAAAAUAAUGAUCAGGCGUAUUACAUUUUAAUUACUUUUAAGUGGUGGGUUGUCCUUCCACCCUCUUUCUUUAGAAUAGGUACAGUCAGGGUUGUCUUUACAGCAUCGAAGGCCCUGGCCCUGGGCAUAGCAGUGCACUGGGGCCCCUACACACCCAUUCAUGGGAACACAUUUUAAAAAAAAAUAACAUGCCCCUCCUACAGUACCACACCAACUCUCCACAUGCCAUGAAUGGCUGUCAGCAGUCUGAUUGGUGGAUAGCACCAGCCAUCCACCAAUCAGGAUGCUCACAACCAUUCACUGUCUGGCUUCAGGCUGGUAGAGAUUGUGUGUGAUUUACAAAUUCAGAAUGACUGGGCAGCAUUCUCUACCUGCCACCAGGGGGCGUAGAGAGCAGCGCCAGCCCGGCGCAUGUGCACUAUGUGGCACCAUCUUACUGAAGAUGUCACAGGAGGAGGCAGGGUGGCAGACCCGGGUCCCUAAUUAGUAGCCUCCGCCAUCCCUCUCGGCACCAGUGCCUGUCACCCAAGAAGCUCCGAAGGCACCAGCUCUUGACGGCCCCUUGAAUGGUGGGGCUCUGGACAGAUGCCCAGUGUGCCUAUCCAUUAAGAUGGCCCUGCUUACAAUUGCAGUCUUCUGGUAAUUAGAAUCAGUACAAGACAGCCAUCUUGCUCCACUGUUCAACUAAAACAAAGUAAGUUACUGUCAAGGUUUGUAUUAGCAGUGAAACAAAAUAUUUAUUUUACUGCACCAUUGAUUGGAAAGGUCAUUAAAAAAUGGUUACAUAUAAUUUUUCAACUAAUCGGUUAUUAGAAUAUUUUUUUAGGUCUUAUUUCAAUCAAUACUCAAAUAAAUAUCAGAUUGCAAAUACAUUUACAACAAAUCAUUGCUGCAUACAUUUUGAAAUACGUUGUUUUAAUCCAUUCUGUUCUGAGUGCAUUUCCCCUAUACAGUGCAAGCUCAUUUCACUAAAGAUGGGCCCAGCCACACAGGAAAUCUUCACUGUGUUUUUGCACAAUCUUCUUAUUCCAAUAGAUUGCAGACUAGUAUGUAUCAUGAUCAGUGCUGUUCCCGAUGUUGUUGCAGAUGAUUAUUUAUUAUUGUAAUUUUUUUUUAUAUAUAUUUAUGUACAUUUCUGUAUUCCUGUAUGUCUUUCAUUUUGCUUCUGGUCCAGCAAAAAGUUCCAAGAUCCAAAAGGAUUUUGACUGCCCUGUUUCAACAAGAGCGCGCCUGAAUCCACACGUGGAAAGCAGACUCGUGCAGACAGAGAUGUACAGUUUGUGCUCCUAAAUGACAAAUACUUGAUGCAUUACAGAAAAUAUAUUAUUAAAAAAUAUUUUGUUAAAUAUAAA